AUGGCGUCGCAGGACGUGGACGACAGCAACUUCGCGCUGCACGGCCGCGGCGUGCCGCUCCUGGUCGGCCUGCUCGCGCUCGUCGUCGCCUUCGUCGCCGUCUGCCUCUACCUCCGUUGGGCGUGCACCCGCAGGCGCCGCCGCGCCGCCGACCUCGAGGCCUCCUCGUCGGCCGCCGUGGCGUCGCGAGCGAUCCCCGGCCUCGACGCCGACGCCACCAACGGGCUCCCCGUCACGCUCUACAGCCCAACGCGUUCAUCUGGGGUGAAGGCCGGCGGUGGCGAGGAGGAGCAGGUGGUGGAGGCGGAGUGCUCGAUCUGCAUCAGCGCGCUGGUGGCCGGGGAAAAGGUCAAGGUGCUCCCUCCCUGCGGCCACUGUUUCCACCCGAACUGCGUCGACGCCUGGCUCCUUGCCCAGCCCAGCUGCCCGCUCUGCCGCACUACUCUCCUCCCGGUGACCGCCGGCGGCAAACCUGACGUCGUCAACGGAGGCGACUCCCCGGUGUGAUUCGUCAACCACCAAGACAACGCCCUAGCUAGAGCAGUUGUAGUUGGGCUUUACGAUAAUUCUAGACUUAUUGUGGGCUUUAUUUGGUUCAUGAGCAUUGGUGGCAGCCCAUGUACGGAGCGCGUACUCCAGUGUCAACGUGGGCGCCGGCUGAGUCGACAUUGUGGCUAACUGACCUGCAGCUAGUGGAGGAUAACCGGGGCAGCGGAGGUUGGCUAACUGACCUGCAGAUACCUGCACGAACGGAGCAAGUAGACCAGUUGCAGCCAUGAUGGAAACUCUGCGUAAAGGACGAGGUAACCUUGCCUGAUACUCAUGUUAGUGCGAUGCUGGCUAAGACGUCCUCCUACUUUUGCCCGGCUGGACCGCCUCUGUCGCUCCCACAGCCACAGCUAGGCCGCACUCUGCCCGGCUGUGCCUUUUCCGAGCACGACGGUCGACCGCUCGGCCUCGAUUGAGCUAAACGUCGAGAAGUCCGAUCAGCGGUUCAGCCGCAUUUUAGAUUUUUGCUGUUCGUCCAGGCAAAAGAUAGCACUUGUCAAGGUAUGCUAGACCGGAGGUUCUGUGCUUCUGUUUUCUUAGUAGGGUGACUCCGAGAUGUCCCCGAUUAUGAGGUAGUGGGGCAUUUGUUUGUGUUUUAAGGGCAUGAGGCCCUGAUGGCAUAUUACUUCACUUAUUAUCGGGUUUUAGAUAUUGAGUGGUGGCUUUGGAUUUUACGAUGUAUGCAUUUAACAUACCUUUGUUAAAUAAAAUCUAGACAAAAGUUGUAUGCA